AUGCAGCUUACAAAGCCCUUCAAACAUGGAAAUCAGCCAUUACAGAAGACCCAUCAGGUGUUCUUAAGACAUGGGUUGGUUCAGAUGUUUGUUCUUACAAAGGAAUAUUCUGUUCUGGUUCCUCUAUUCUUUGGUUCAAUCCCAGAUUCUUUCAAAACCCUAAAUUCUCUUCAAGAACUCGAUCUCAGCAACAACAGAUUCUCUGGUUCUUUCCCUAAAGUCACAACCUUUAUCCCAAAUCUCGUUUACCUCGAUCUCCGGUUUAACGAUUUCACCGGUUCAAUCCCUGAAAAUCUCUUCAACAAACAAUUAGACGCGAUUCUACUCAACAACAAUCAAUUCACCGGAGAAAUCCCAAGUAAUCUCGCUUACUCAUCAGCCUCGUUGAUUAAUCUCGCUAAUAACAAACUCUCCGGCGAAAUUCCGACGAGUUACGACUUAACCGGAUCGAAAUUGAAGGAGGUUCUGUUCUUGAAUAACCAGUUAACCGGAUGUAUACCGGAAUCGAUCGGUUUAUUCUCCGAGAUUGAAGUGUUCGAUGUUAGUUUCAAUUCUUUGAUGGGUCAUGUUCCUGAGACGUUAUCUUGUUUAUCGGAGAUUGAAGUUUUGAACUUGGCACAUAACAAAUUCUCCGGCGAUCUUCCCGAUUUGGUUUGUUCUUUAAAGAAUCUGAUAAACUUAACCGUUGCUUUUAAUUUCUUCUCUGGGUUUAGCUCUGAGUGUUCGAGAGUUAGCUCCGGGUUUGAUUUCACCGGAAAUUGUAUUCCCGGUAAAGGUUAUCAACGUCCAGAGACGGAUUGUUCGGUGAUUCCCGGUGGUUCUUUGAGUUGUUUGAGGAUUCCGGCGCAGCCGCUAACGUGCGCUGCGAUUAGCGUUGGAUUGAAGGUGAUUGCUUCAUCAUCUCCAUGA